UCAUCGGAAUCCCGAAAUGACAUCGGACAGCGCGCUGAACUCUCAGCGCGUUUUCAAGAAAUCAUCGCCGAACAACAAAUUGACACUGUACCUGGACUCGAGAGACUUGGUGGUAGAGAAUGGCAGCAUUGAUAAGAUCCAGGGCGUCCUGCACGUGGAUUCAGAAUGCUUGGAAAAUAAGAAAUUAUUCGGACAAGUCACAUUAACUUUUAGAUACGGUCGCGAAGAUGAAGAAGUGAUGGGCCUCAAGUUCUGUAACGAGGCAAUCAUGAGCCUCGCGCAGAUAUGGCCGCUGCAUUGCAACCUUGAGAGGGAACCGAACACAGCGUUGCAGGAUGCACUUAUCAAGAGGCUGGGGACAAAUGCGUUUCCGUUCCACUUAGAGUUGACUCCACUGGCGCCGCCGAGCGUCCAGCUCGUGCCGGCGAAACAAUAUCACGGAGCGCCUAUUGGAACAUCGUACGACGUACGAGCGUAUAUUGCGGAACGAGCUGAUGAGAAAGUAUCAAGACGCAACACAGUUCGUAUGGGUAUACGAGUACUUCAAGGUCCUGGCAAGUCAUCUGCUAUACCGCCAGUGUUACCGCCGUCACCACACCGCACGCUCAGUACGCUGGCACAUCACAACGUGCUUAGGCUGAAAAAUAAAGCUAAAUUGGACACGGAUGAAAAAUGUCGAGCGAAAAACGAGGAAAUUGAGAACGUUGAACCCGCGCCACCCCGAGCGACCGUCGAGAAGCCGUUUCUGUUGUCUGAUGGAAGAGUGGAGUUGGAGGCCUGGCUAGACAAAGCGACGUAUUCACACGGCGAGUCCAUAGCUGUAAGCGUGGUCAUAUCGAAUCAUUCAUCCAAAACCGUUAGAAGAAUAAAGGCACUAGUGGUCCAGCAUGUCGACGUGUGUAUGUUUUCCAACGGGAAAUUCAAGAACGUGGUUGCAUUAGUACGUGGGACCGGAACGCCUGUCCUACCCGGACAAACAUUCACCGACACGUAUACCCUUAUUCCACACAAAGGGGUGACCAAAAAUUGGAUAGCAUUGGAAGAUUCAUACUCGAAAUCGGGUGCAAGUUUGGCUUCAACGGUUCUGUGCAACUCUGAUUCGCCUGAAGAUCGCAACGUUUUCGCUAUAUACGUUUCUUAUUAUGUCAAAGUAAAACUCACCCUCAGUGCUAUGGGCGGUGAAGUUUCAGUGAAAUUGCCUUUCACGCUCACACAUUCCUGCAUAAACGAAGCACCAACAGACAGUGUUACAGAAGAAGCAACUCAUAAAAUGAUUCUUGAAGGAAAAGAAAAUAGCGAAGAAGAAGAUAGUAAAGCCGAAACGGAAAAAGAUAAGCAGAACAACAACGGUGUCAAUGAAAACCAAGCAACGACAUUCGGUGACGAGGCUGAGGUGAAGUCUCCAGAAGACCACAGAUGUGUUGCCGAUGUCCUGGUUAAUAUAGAGAACAAAAUGUGUGAAAGGCCAAAGAAAUUCGAAGGGCAAACUGAGGUUCGAACUGCGAAACCGAACCAAGAAGAAUUAGAUCUGAUAGUAAAGUACCCAGGUUCCGAUACGUGAUCCGACGAGGAAAUUGCUGUAAAAGGAAAGGGAGGCGAUAAGACUGAAAAGUCAAAUGAUGUGAACAACACCAAAAACUGUAAAACGGAGGUCCAAAAUCAAAAAAUUGGUUUCACUGAGAAUUUGAAACGAGCUGUUUGCU